AUGGGGGUGCCCGCCGCCCUCACGGGCUGGGCCUGUGCCGCCCUCUGCCUGGUGCCCAGCUCCUCCGCCUUCUCCCACGGGGCUGGCGCGGUGGCCUGUGCGGACAUGCGGCCCAAGCACAUCCCAGCCCGGACUCAGAGCCCCGGGACCCACCACAUCACCGUCCUCACGGGCAGCUCUUCCUUCUCACCGGGUGCCACGGUCUCAGUGGCCGUGAGGAGCAGUCGUGAUUUCAUGGGCUUUCUACUCCAGGCGCGACGAGUGUCUGAUCAUCAGAUAGCUGGCACUUUCAUCUUCAUUCCUCCUCAUUCCAAACUGAUAACUUGCUUUGAAGAGGCUGACACAGUCACCCACACAGACAAGUCCCGGAAGAGAAACCUGGCGUUCGAGUGGCGGGCCCCUGCCCAGCCCGUGGGGAACAUCAGGUUCUUUUUAUCUGUAGUCCAGUCAUACUUCGUUUACUGGGUGAAGAUUGAAUCAUCUGUUGUGUCUCAACAGACACACAGUAGAGCCCAUUCUGACAGCCACGUGGAGCCUGGUUCGCCGAUGCCAGUCUCUCGGCAGAGGCUGGAGGACGUGGAAGGAACCAUCCCAGUGCCUCUGGGCCUCCACCUGGCUCCCAGUCUCCCCAUCACUCUUCUUCAGCAGCGCACAGAUGUCUCUGCUGUGGCCGUAACUGGAGCUGCAGAAGAGGACAGCUUGGAUCCUGUUCCUACCAGUGUUUGGGUGACAGGGCUCCUCGGGGCCGCAGAGACUCCUCAAGCAUCUUCACACACAGCUGCUGUAGUCAGCGGUGGCCAUCACCCCAGCAGGGAUGGCAGCCCAACCCUGGAACCAUCCCUGGAUGUCCAGAGUCUGGAGAGGCUUGUGGCCCUCGAGGGCUUCUCCGCAGAGAGCUUUGCCUCCAGCUUCAGCACCUGCCACAGGACUCAGAAUGAUCCAAGCUUUGAUUCACUGGAAACUUGUCUGCCCUCGGAUAGGGAUGAACAGGACCAGAUGAAGGCCUCUAAUAGGACAGUGAGGAGGCCUCCUUUGCACAGUGUCCACCUCUCCCAUCCUCGCCUCAGGUCCUCCGGGGCGCUCACUGGACAUGGGGCCAGGGCAGCCCCCCCAGCUCCUGCCCUCCACACCUCUGCCACCUCCAGGCCCACCACUGCUGAUGGCCAGUCCGAGGCAUCAAGACCCUCUGUCAGCUUCCUGCCUCGGUCAAAGCACAAGGAGCGCAGAGUGGAGGAGGACGAUGGAGUGGCUGGGGUGGGAGACCCCGGGAAGACCAACCCAAGACCUGAGCUGGGGCAGGAGGGAGCCAGGGCCCCGUGGGGGAUCCAGCUCGGGGCUGCGCAGCUGGGCGUCCUGCUCUGCCUCUCCGCCGUGCUGGGCAUGGCCGUCGUGGUUGGCCUUCGCUACCUGCACUCCCAGUAUUGCCGCAGGCGGACGGAAGUGUCCUUUCGUGAGCCUGCCGGGGAUGCGGUUGCCACAGGUGACGGUGGUGAGAUGGUGCGCGUCCGGAGAAUUGGAGACAACAGUUUCGUUUUGGUUGAAGGGGAAUGCAACUGGAUUGCUCCCUCUGUGAGUAGCAAGAAAACAGUCCUCUGA